AUGAAUUCCCCACUCCAACAGUUCUCCACCCAUGGAUACAACGUUUUCGAUCAUGGUCGUUACUUUCCAACAACAUUACCACAACAACAACAACAACAACCGAUGACAACGACAACAACAUCAUCAGAAGACUUUUUUGAUGACGAGAACCAGGUGCCAACACCAUCACUAUUCAGUGACAUUGUUGAAGACUAUCUCAACAAUUUGAGUCCCAAGAAACGGGACAAAGCAUUGGUGGAUCAAGAACGAUACCAGAUGAUACAACAAGUACUCAAGGAUCCAAGGAACACCGCCAUUUCCACUGCCCAAUUUCGGUUCUGGGUGAAAAAGAUGUUCCAAUUGCAGCCUGGAACAGUGGAUCUUGUAUGUCAUGAUAGCAAACCUGUUGCUAUGCGCGAGCAAAUUUAUUCUAUUCUUGUCAAGGCACAUCGAGAAGCACAUCAUGGUGGACGAGACAAGACAUCAGCAUUGGUGAGGCGAAAGUAUUCAUGGAUACCCAAAGAAUUAGUAGCAAGAUUUGUACGGCAUUGCCCAUUUUGUAUCACUCGUCGAAAUGGUGGCCAAAGCCCUGGGAUGUAUAAGAGCAGCCUUCGAUACAAUAGCAAUGCAGCGGCUGCUGCAGCGGCAGCGGCAGCGGCAGCAGCGGCAGCAGCAGCCACCGUGAACAAUUCAACCACGCGACAACAACAUCAAUGCAACUUUGAUCCACCACCCAUGUUGUGUACACCAUCAAUUCAAGAAGACAGUGACAUAGCCUCUUCAGGUCCACCUUCAACCGAAAAUGGAUAUGAUACGUCACCCCACCAUUAUGUACCAUCACCACCAAGGCGUGGAUCCCACAUUGGCGGAUACAUGUAUGAUCGUGAAGAAGAAGAAUUUCUACAUAGCUACGGUCACUAUGAACCUGAAUCCAAGGGGACAUUCCAACAGCAACAACAUAAUCCGUUUCAUCAACUCUUAAAUGAUGCAGCACGAUCGACACAUUCUACGCACCACCAAACUACCACCAUGAUGGCUGAUACAAACAACAAUAAUAAUACUACGCCAACGUCAACAGCAGAUGCUGCUGCUGCUGCAUUCCUUUAUCAACACCCAACAGCAGCCUACAUGGGCUAUUCGUAUUACUAUCCAAAUGUACUUGGCAUUGCACCCGCAUGUGAUAAUAAUCAACAAGCAAGUUUCCUACGAGCAGGCGGUAAUGAUGACGAUAAUGCUACACUGCCAUCCACUACUAGCACUGCGGGGAUUCUUGCACAUCAUCAAGAAGAGCAACAACAACAACAACACGCAUCCACCAGAUCAACUUUGCCUUUCAAUUUACCGGUUCAUCAUUCCACCACCACUACAACAAAUCAUUUCAUGACUACCACCACACAUCACGAUGACACAACUACUAAUGUGCUAUUGCAAUCAUAUGAAUAA